CACUGGCAGGCACUCGCUCAAACGCAGAACCGCAACUGUGAGAACUCUGUGAAAUCCUGCCAAGUCGUGCUAUAUUUAUUCAUCAAUGGAUUCACUUCGGGGAGGCCUAAUAACCUUCCAUGAAUCAGCAAUCCACCAUGAAGUUCACCGCCUGCAGUUCAAGAAGUCUCAGAUCCUCGAAAAAAUCAAGGAAUGUAAAGGAAGGCUAACUUUGGCUCGCCGCCUUCCCCCAGAAAUCCUUGCCAAUAUCUUCGAGCUUUGCGCCAGGGAUGGCUGGACUCGUACCCCCCUCACUGUUUCCCACGUCUGCUCGGAGUGGCGCAAGGCAGCUUGCACGUCCACAGUCUGGUCAUACCUGUAUGUUAAUUUGGGCAUGCGCGAUCCGUAUGGCAGGAUACUCUUUUGGUUGGCCAACGUUCGGACUGCUCCGUUACACAUUACUUUGGACAUACAGAGCGAUUACUCCCUCUUACCAAAUAUCAUGGGUCUCUUAUUGAAGGUAGCGCCCCAGUGGCAUACGCUUACCGUCAAUUCCAAGAUGCUCCGGCCAGUGAAUCAGAUAUUCACUAUAUGCACGGUGCCAUUCCCUUCGCUCCGGUGUCUCGAUGUGUCCAUCAUGGAAGAAUUCCAUGAAUUUGAAGGGGACGUCGUAGAGUCUCAACUAAGGCUCGACCAAUCAUUCAACGACGCGGAGAAGUUAAGCAUCUUCCGCAUUUCGCGCAAUAUCCUUCCGUCUCGAGAAAGCGUGCCAUCCUCCAUCUCUAAUCUUAUCAUUAACCUUCCCUCUUUUAACCUUAUAACACCCUCGUCAGUUGCUUCCUUGUUAGAUCUCUUGGAGGGUUUGCCCAUGCUCGACUCCUUCACCAUAUCUACGCUGCGCGGUGAAACCCGGGAGUUUAUCGAUGACCCGAAUAUCGCGCGCCGUGUCUUCCUCCCACAGCUCCAAUCCCUUAGAAUCAUUGGAACGUCUAGCAUUUUCAACAUCCUUCCUCAUCUGCAGACGCCGGCGCUACUUCAGUUAGCCCUCUGCUCGUCUGAAGAGGCCUUGCCUCAUGCCCAUCCAGUCGCUAGCCCCGCGCUUCAUUUACGCGACAUCGAUCUCUCGCCGUCGGAUUUUAUCGCUUGCUUUAGAGGUCUAUCGCAUCUCAAGGAACUCCGUUUACAUGAAAGCGAUAUAUCAGAUGACAUACUAGAAUGUCUAUAUGAUUCCCGCGGGUACUGCCCAGAGCUGCAAGCUCUAGAUUUCCGCUGGUGCGGACAGAUUACAGGCCGUGCUUUGGUGGACCUUGUUCGAAGUCGGUCUGACUUGAAUUCUUUCUAUCCUAAUGUCCCACUGCGUCAUAUCGAGUCGGUGGGCAUCAUUAACUGUGCUCAUGUCCAGGAGCAAGACAUUUUCGACCUGGCAGAGCUGACGGUGUGUCGACUGAUGAUGCGAGAUACGGACGAUUGCUGCGUCUCCUUUGGAUGCUGUAGAAACGAGAGGUACCGAAGGCGGUUCCAAUUGCGGUGGCUCGAACGUUAUGGUUCAAAAAUCGACACCAGUAGAAUCAUAGUAUGAAUUUUCAUUGAAAUACUGUAGGUCUUAACUAUGGCAGAUAUUGGUCAAAGUUUCAAUAUCCACCUCAAACAUGGACCCAAUUGGUCGUUCUUCGACUGAACAAGAACAGGUUUUGGCCAUGCCAACAAUGAGUACCCAGCACCAAAAUACAAGGUCGUAGUCGAUGGUUAAGAAAAAAAAAG